AUGCAGAAUGGUGGAAAAGCGGAGAACACAGUGAAGACCUACCUGGUGAAUUUGUCCCAGUUCCUGGGCUACUUCAGGGACACCCCUCCCUCCUCAUCCAGGGUUCCAAAAAGAGAAGUGUUUGCCGUGAUUCGUGCUAUCUCAGAGUGUAUUGCAAGCCUGGGUCCACGUGUUGUCAUGCGUCAGAUACGUGUAAAGAAAAAUAAGUUGAGCAGAACCAUCUCCAAGGACCAACUUCGCCUCUGCAAAGUCCUGGCCAGGAGACGCAUCCCUGAACUUCUUGAUGAACUGUCUGAGGACCCCAACCCGGAGGCGCGAAGGAGAUAUUUUGGGUACCUCAGUGUUUACCUAGCAAGCCUAUAUGGACACCGCACCGGUGUUCUAAAGAAUAUGACGGUCUCCGAGGUUGAUGAAGCCCAGAAGGAAGCCACAGUCGGGCAAGCGGGCUUCGUGAUCAAUGUGAAGGAACACAAAACCAACCGUGCGUUUGGCCCCGCACAGCUCUACUUAACUGUAGAGGAAUUCUCAUGGGUGGAGCAGUGGAUGAUCAUCAGACAGAAACUAAACCCACCCACAGACCUUCUUCUCUUCACCGAAAACUUCACAAAAAUCGAGAAACUCAUCGUGCCGAUGCAAGCCGCCUGGCGUGACAUGGGUUUUCCUGGGCGUCCCACAUUCACAGACUUCCGAACAUCAAUAGCCACAUACGCAAGGAAUACUUUGUCACCAAGUGACCGGAUCAACAUUUCAAAGACCAUGUGUCAUGACACGCGGACAGCAGACAAAUUCUACGCGCUCCACCGCACCGCGUCAGAGCUGGCUCGGAUCCGUCAGAAUUUCGAGGCAGCCGUCAAGCCACCACGUACGACGGUACAUGACACUGCCGAACCUUCCCUCCUCUCCAUGUCAGAAUCAUCAGGUAAGGAUGUUGAGGAGGAAGCGGACUGCGCGCCUCCCACCCCGCCUGCCGGUCCUUCGCCCGGUGCUGUGCCGUCCUCACCAACAUCCAGUCAGGCCACUGGAUCAACAAGCCCUGAUCACGCUUCUGAGAGCGACGUUGACUACACUGUUGACAGCGAGUCUGACCAAACCUCCGAGAGCGAGUCUGACCAAACCUCCGAGAGCGAGUCUGACCAAACCUCCGAGAGCGAGUCUGACCAAACCUCCGAGAGCGAGUCUGACCAAACCUCCGAGAGCGAGUCUGACCAAACCUCCGAGAGCGAGUCUGACCAAACUUCUGAAUACACUUCGGAGAGCGACCCUUCAUAUGAACCACGUAGAGGGACCCAACAACCCAGAAGAAAGAGACCAUUGUUUACCUACACGUUGAGAAAAAGACAACCAGGGCGCAGCCAAAGUGUACGUGUGCUGAGAUCCAGAAAAACAGUAAAAAAAAUAAUAAAAAAAUAAAUAAAUCAA